CCUCCCCAAACCCGGCCUGAUUGGAGGAGCCGCCCCCCGCCUGCGGCCGGCCUCCGGGGCUGACCCCGGCGGAGCGUCCCCCGGGGACACACGACUGUCAUGGGCGAGACGGCGCAGCCCCCGCGGCCCGGAAUCGGCGUAGGGGUGGUGAUCACCAGCUCCGCGCACCCCAACUGCGUCCUCCUGGGCAAGAGGAAAGGCCCAGUGGGAGGCGGCACCUACCAGCUCCCCGGAGGCCACCUGGAGUUCGGGGAGAGCCUGGCGGAGUGCGCCGAGCGGGAGACGCUGGAGGAGGCGGCGCUGCGCCUGCACAACGUGCGCUUCGCCUCCACGGUCAACUCAACCUGCGCCGCCGCGCGGUACCACUACGUCACCGUCCUGAUGAAGGGCGAGGCGGAGCCGGGGGCGGAGCCGCGCAACCGCGAGCCCGAGAAGAACGAAGGUUGGGAAUGGGUGAACUGGGACGAGUUUCCUCCAGCAGAUCAGCUCUUCUGGGCCUUACGCUGUCUGAGAGAGCAAGGUUACAAUCCCUUCACAGAAGAGCUCGAUCACCUAAAGGGCUACACAGGAAGUCACCAACUAGGGUGAAAAAACCCCAAUCAUACAUUCUGUAGCAAAGGACAGACCUGCUUCUUUGGUGUAAAAGAGAA